AUUAUUAAUCAACAUGUUUAGGAUCACAAAAUUAAAGAGUUUUAAUAAUUUAUUUAAAUCAAUUGGAAACAGAAAUGCAGGAAUCAACAGCAUAUUUAGAAGUCUCAUAUCGUCAAGUCCGAAGCAUUUUACAAAUGAAGAAAAUAAAGCAUCAAAAUACACAACGUUUGAGGACAUGACAGCAAUAAGGAGAAUUGAGGCACAAAAGUCACUGCUGGUGCAAGUAAAUUCUGAAAAAUCACAUAAAGAGCUGUGUAGUUAUUGCUCACAAUUUGGAAAAUUAAGAUCAAGCUUUUACUAUAAUUUAUCUGAAGACCUUAAUUUCAUAUUGUUGGAGUUUGAUGAGAUUUCUGGAUGUGAGGAAGCUUUAAGGAGUUCUAGUUUUAAUGAAGAUCACCCAGCAAUUCCAGUAAUAUCACCGUUUUUGUGGUUUAAAGCAAGAGAUUCAAGUAAACCAAAAAGUGUUGAUAAAAAUAAGGAAGUGCCAAACUUAAUACAUCAGGAAGUUAAGUGUCUUGACGAGAAUAAACUAGACGAAAUCUUAACAUCAGCAGAAACAAUUGACGACCAAAUAUUAAUUUUACAUAGACUAACCCAGUUGAAUGAGCUUGGAAUCAGAAUAAGAUAUUUAGCUGGUCAUCAGCUUGAAAUGGCAUUAAAUGGAAUGUUUCCAAAGAUUCAGGCUUGUUUGUUUGGCUCUUCAGUUAAUGGUUUCGGUAAAAUAGGAUGUGAUUUGGACUUGAUACUACGACUUAAUGAUGAUUGUGGAGACAUUACAGGAUCAAGGCUAAUUUAUCAUACAAAAAUGAGUCGAUUAAAUGGCAGAUCCCAAACUCAACGUCAAAUGGAAGUAAUUGGUGAUCUCAUGCAUAUAUUUCUGCCAGCAAUCAAUAAUGUUCGUAAAAUUUUAAAUGCACGAGUUCCAAUUAUUAAGUAUAAUCAUGAAUGCUUAGAUCUAGACAUUGAUUUUUCGAUGAGUAAUAUGACUGGAUUUUAUAUGAGUGAAUUGCUUUACUUAUAUGGAGAGAUUGAUGAACGUGUGAGACCUUUAGUAUUUUGUUUAAGGAAAUGGGCAAGUGUCGUUGGUUUGACAAAUUCUUCGAGUCCUGGAAGAUGGAUUACAAACUUUUCAUUGACUGUGAUGGUCUUAUUCUUCCUUCAAAAUGUUAAAAAUCCAAUAUUGCCAUCAAUGAGUGUAUUAACAAAGUCAGCAUCACCAAAUGACAUAAGAGUUACUGAUGAUAACAUAAACUGUACAUUUCUGAGGGAUCUCAACAAAUUGUCAUUUAAGAUUGAAAAUACUGAAUCACUUCAUCAUCUGCUGCUUCAAUUCUUUGAGUUUUAUUCGACAUUUAAUUUUCAACAGAAUGGCAUUUCAUUAAUUGAAGGACGUCCAAUAGUAAAGCCUGAUCAUUCAGCGAUUUGGAUCACAAAUCCACUCGAACCAUUAUUAAAUGUUAGCAAAAAUGUAAGUUAUGAAGAAUUAGAGAAGCUUAAAUUAGAGACGAGAAAUGCAGCAUGGAUUUUAGAAUCAACAAUUGAUAAAAAUAAAGAUCCAUCGUCGUGGGGCUUAAUGAGUUUGUUGCGGUCAAAGAAGCGAGUAGUUAAACCAGAAAUGUUUUUUAAGUCACGAAUAGUCGAUGUAACAGACUUAUUUAAAGAUGACAGUAUAAAGGAUUACGAUAAUAUAUCGUACAAAAAUACAGCAAUUAAAUCUGCAGUCAAACAAAUCCAAAAAUCAACUCAGCGUGAAAUUACAAAGUUAAUGAAGAACAUUUAGUUUAUAAAGCCUGUAAAUAAAGAAUAGACAUUCGAUAAAAAAA